AGGGUUUUCCACGACAAGGAAAUAAAGGGAAUAACUACAGCCAGCUUGUCUACUGUAUUAUGAGUGUUCUCUGUGUAUUCAGACAACUGUUACUGGUCUAACACUGUAUGUCGUAAUGUGUGGGGAAAAUAUUUUUAUGAUUCUUGUCCCUCAAAAGCGGUUUAUCUAAUUGAUUGCUCUUGGCUCUUUACCUGAGACUUGUGAAGUGAAUCAUGGGCUCGGAAGACGUACUCAAGAGUGCAUCAACUCUUGCAUCGUACAAUGUCCUGCUACAGGUAAUGUUCCGUGUGCUUACUUUCUUCCUGAACGCGUUCACAUUGCGCUUCGUGUCCAAAGAGUUAAUUGGUGUGGUCAACGUCCGGCUGAUGCUGCUGUACUCCACACUAGUUUUCUUGUCCAGAGAGGCGUUCAGGAGGGCGUGUCUAAGCGGAGAGGGGGCAGGGCGUAACUGGAGACAGGUGAUCAACCUGUUAUGGCUGACGUUGCCACUCGGCUGUUUCUGGGCUGUGUUACUGGUGUGCGUGUGGCUGUGGCUCCUCCAGCCUCCAGACCCUCAGACUGUCCCACACUAUGGACCUGCUGUGGGAAUCUUCUGCAUGGCUGCUCUAACUGAGUUGCUUGCUGAGCCUCUCUGGGUUCUUGCACAUGCUCAUAUGCUUGUUCGGUUAAAGGUGAUUGCGGAAAGUCUAGCAAUAAUUGCUAAGUGUCUUGUCACUGUGAUGAUGGUGGUCUCUGCUCCUCGAUGGGGUCUCUAUAUAUUCUCUGCUGCCCAGUGUGUGUAUGCAGGAUUCUUGUGUCUUUGCUACGUUGUUUACUUCGUACGUUUCCUGGGUUCAGAGAAAGCAGCGAAGAAUUCCUUUCCGCUGCGUCACAUCUCAGAGCUACUGCCCACCACAAUGAAAGGACAGCCACUGAUAAACUGGAAGCUUGCCACAUUGACAUGGAGUUUCUUCAAACAAUCUUUCCUCAAACAGAUUCUCACAGAAGGCGAGCGCUACGUGAUGACCUUUCUGAAUGUUCUUAGCUUUGGAGACCAGGGGGUGUAUGAUAUAGUGAAUAACCUUGGCUCGAUGGUGGCACGUUUUCUUUUCUUGCCUAUUGAGGAGAGUUUCUACGUAUUUUUCGCCAAGGUGUUAGAGCGCGGACGUGACAUACAGCAUCAGAAAAAAGAGGAGGUGUCUAUGGCAGCUAAUGUACUGGAAUGUCUGCUAAAGCUGGUUCUUCUGAUUGGUCUGAUUAUCACUGCUUUUGGUUACUCCUACUCACACCUCGCCCUCGAUAUGUACGGAGGGGAACUUUUGAGCAGUGGAUCAGGUCCCUCUCUUUUACGCUGUUACAGUUUUUAUGUAUUACUUUUAGCCAUUAAUGGUGUAACAGAGUGCUUUGUUUUUGCUGCCAUGAGUAAGGAGGAGGUAGACAGGUAUAACCUGGUUAUGUUGGGACUAUCUGCCUCCUUCCUGCUGCUUUCCUAUUGGCUGACUUGGCUGUUUGGGGGCGUCGGCUUCGUCCUGGCAAACUGCUGCAACAUGGCUUUGCGAAUUAUCCAUAGCAUUAUUUACAUACAUCGCUACUUCCAGGACAGUGGCCACACCCCUCUGUCAGGGCUCCGCCCACACCCUGCACUCUUAAUUACCCUCAUAAUCAGUUCCAUCCUGACAGCCGUCUCCGAGCGUAUGCUGUGUUGUGACAGUGGAUGGUUGCUGAGGAUCGCACAUGUCUCCAUUGGAGCAGUUUGUUUACUGGCUGUGGUCAUAGUGGCGCUUCUUACUGAAAAAAGACUUGUUCAGUUCAUCAGAACUCAGCUACUACCCAAAUACAGCAAAAAACACACAUGACCUUACCUCAUCCAAGAAUCAGUGGGAUCUGUCGGUUUGGUGUUGGACCACAUAUUGCGUUGAUAAAUUUAGGCAUCAGAAAAUGAUCAUUUUUUGCUUUAGGUUGGUUGCUGUGUUUGGAAAGUUAAAUAUUUUUAUUAUUAUUAUGAAAGAAAUAAAACACUCAAAUCUAUGUCAAAAGCAGUCAUUAAAAUCUGAUGCUACAAAAUGUACUGGUUUACAAAAAGUUUGUGUUUACAGUCACUUUUUAAAUACUAAGACAUCCCAUCUGUUACAAGGGCAGGAACAUGGAAAUUAUAAAAAAGAAGAAAAAAGACAAAGUUUUUACAAAUGUAUUACAAUGAUGUAAUAUAAAUAGUUUUAUGAAAAUAUAAUCAAUAUUUUGUAAUAAAUAUAUUGUUUUUAAUAAUA